AUGGCAAGACAUUACUCCCUCCAAGACAACCCUCGUCGUUGUACCUUCGUCAUACAUCUCCUUCCUGAAACCGUUGUUGUGCAUCGUUAUCAUGGUUCAGACAAGGCUAUCGAUCUUUCUGAUUUACUUCGCAAAGAUAUAGUCCUCACGACAUACGCAACCAUUGCUACAGACUUCUGCCGCGGACAAGCUAUAUUGAGCCAUGUUGCCUGGUACCGCCUCGUACUGGACGAGGGUAAUUACAUCUCCCCAAGCUCUCUAUUACGAUAUAUGCUCAUUUUUGUAGCUCACUACAUUCGGAAUCCGUCACGGAAACAAUACAGAGCCAUACAAUCUAUACCCGCACAUAUACGUUGGUGCCUUACAGGAACACCUAUCCAGAACUCUCUAGAAGAUCUUGGUGCGCUCGUCAAGUUUCUGAGAGUACCAGUGCUCGAAGAUCUAGUCGUCUUUCGCAGAAGCAUCAGCACUCCCAUUCUUACCAACACAAACGGACGCUUCGCGAAUAUGAGUACGCUACUUCAGGCGAUAUGUUUGCGCCGAACAAAAGCGCUGUUGAAUCAGCCUGAGCCAAUCACGAUGACAACGCUUCUCCAGCUUUCCCCUAAGGAGCAUAUACAAUACCACGACUAUGCAGAAGGCUGUAGACAUGCGAUCGACUUGGCAGUGUCGGGCCAUAGUAUUCAAAAAGCAAAUCAGCAUGUCAUACAAGCCAUAUUAGGCAUGCGACUAUUCUGCAACGACGGAGAAAAGGCUUUGAUUAAUAGGAAACAUGCCCGUGGACUCCCCAUCGAGCCUGAAGAAGCUUUGAGCUUUUUGCAAACCUCCUCAGAUGCCAAAUGCAUCAAUUGUGACUGCGACAUUGUGGCCAUGUAUCAAAGGGACGAUCAAAGCUCUGGCACACUCAUUGUCUGCCAGCAUUUGCUGUGUGGGGUAUGUCUUGUCGAGUUUGAAACAGAUUUGGACGAAAAUCUAGAAGACGGUCGCAGCCGAUGCCCUAUCUGUGGAUUGAGAGCAGAUAUACACUCCUUUUUGGUUAACCCUUCUUCGGCUGAGAAUGACAGCGAUAAGAUAAAGGUUACGGAGUACCCUACCAAACUACUCUCGCUCCUUGACAACGUCCGCAAUCAAAGCAUCAGAGAUAAAUGGCAAGUCUCUUUCUCAACAAAUUGCAUCAUCUUUUCUUUCUGGAAAACGACUCUCGACAUUACUGCUAGCCUAUUCGACAAGUACUCCAUCUCGUGCUUCCGCAUACAUGGCACUUUAUCUGCCAGCAAACGAAGCCGUAUUCUCACUGAUUUUGAGGAGUCAUCGACUACGAGGGUUUUGUUGAUAACUCUGGGCACUGGCGCAGUCGGCUCGAACAAGCUCAAGGCAGCCAAUAUCAUCCAUAUCGUCGAGCCACAAUGGAAUCCUUCAGUGGAGAAUCAAGCAAUUGGGCGUGUUAUACGACUUGGACAAGAGAGAGCAGUUACGAUUAUUCGGUACAUUAUGAAGGAUACAAUUGAGGAGGCAGUUCAAUCCCGCCAGUUGCGCAAAUUACAACUUGCGCGCGGUGGAUUUGGACUUUCCAAAGAAGUGCAGGGCUCAGAUCGAGUUUCCGCGAUCAUGUCGCAAGAAUCGACAACACGUGACGCUCGUUACAACGUUCGAUACAAAUAG